AUGGACAAUGCUUCUUACCAUUCCGUCAAACUGGACCCCAUUCCCAUAAUUGCUUGGAAAAGAGAUAAAAUAGUACAAUGGUUAAGAUCCAAAGGUUGUAGUAUUGAGACACCGAUGGUCAAACAUUUAAUGUUGGAGAAGGUCAGAGAAAUUAGACAUCUGCAUGAUAAAUAUGUGAUUGACGAAGAAGCAUUAAAAUCUAAUAGAAUUGUAUUGCGUUUGCCGCCUUACCAUUGUGAGCUAAGCCCAAUAGAGUUGGAGUGGGCGGCUGUGAAAAUUCACGUUAAUUACAAUAAUACAACGUUCAAGUUCAACGAUGUACAAAAAUUACUGGUCGAUGGCGUCAAUCUCGUAACACCAGACAUGUGGGCCAAUUUCGUCAGAUACGAGACACAAUAUUAA